AUGGCCGGCGUUCCCAGCAGCUACGAUGCGCCCGUCCACAUCGCCGUAAUUGGCGGCACUGGCAUCCAGUCGCUGCCUGGCUUCAGGCUUGCUGCGACUCUGGACGUCGACACGCCGUGGGGCAAGCCGUCGUCGCCCAUCAGCAUCCUGCACCACCCCUCGCCCUCGACCGGCCAGGACGUGCCCAUUGCCUUCCUCUCGCGUCACGGCCUCUCCCACGAGCUUGCCCCGCACGAGGUCAAGAACCAGGCCAACAUCGCCGCUCUGCGACACCUCGGCGUGCGCACCAUCAUCGCCUUCUCCGCCGUCGGCUCGCUGCAGGAGGAGGUCCGCCCGCGCGACUUUGUAGUGCCCGACCAGAUCAUCGACCGCACCAAGGGCAUCCGCCCCUUCACCUACUUCGAAAAGGGCAUGGUUGGCCACGUGGGCUUCGGCGACCCCUUCGACUCCAAGCUGGCGGACCUUGUGCGCAAGUGCGGCCACAGCCUGGAGGGCGAGGGCGUCACGCUGCACGACAAGGGCACCAUCAUCUGCAUGGAGGGGCCGCAGUUCAGCACCCGUGCAGAGUCCAACAUGUACCGCAGCUGGGGCGGCACCGUCAUCAACAUGUCUGCUCUGCCCGAGGCCAAGCUGGCGCGAGAGGCCGAGAUUGCCUACCAGAUGAUCUGCAUGGCGACCGACUACGACUGCUGGAGGGGCGCCGAGGGCGAGGACGUCAACGUCGAAAUGGUCAUGGGCCACAUGAAGGCCAACGCGGACAACGCAAGGCGCUUUGUCGGUGCCGUCUUGAACGACCUGAGCAAGGAGGAGCAUGCCGAGCUGGUGCAGGGCAAGCACCUUGAGAACCAGACAAGAUUCGCAGGCUCCAUGACCAAGAAGGAGGCUCGUGGGCAGGAAACUGAGAAGAAGCUGCAGUGGCUCUUCCCCGGCUACUUUGACUGA